AUGACCAGAGCUUUCAGUUUUCUACUUGGCUUGACAUUGCUUGCCUUGGCAAAUUUUGGGAAAGUUCUCGCGGUUUUUGAUGACGAGGUCGACAGUAUAGAUUGGCAUUUGGAUAACAUUGGCAAUUACGAAUUUGUCCUCUCUACCGUAGUUGAAGAUGGCAGCGAUCAACUAGUCAUUGUUUCAUCUUUGGGCGAUAAAUCUUUACUUUCGUGGGUCAAUAGUACCGAUGGGAAAGUGCUGGACAGACUUCCAUUAGAUAUUCAGGCAUUGAACGCAGCUACAAGCAGUCACAAUGAGCUAAUUCUUGUAAAUGAGGAUGGGGCAAGAAUCAUUGUCGAUCUGCUCACUGGUUCAGAAGUUCCAAAUAGAAUCGAAUCCAUCGACUCUGAUAUUUUGUCCCCUUGCCGUCCAGAUAUGUCAUUGAUUCAAUUGGCCGGCAAAAAACUGAAAGUUCUCGACCAAAAUAAGGAGCAAGUAGUCUUUUUGCAUGAACUGCCCGAAGAUUUUAAGGAAGUGGUGUUUUUCAACAGUCACGACGAUGGCGACUUUGAUAUCAUCAUUUCUACAGAUUCCCAAAAGUUUCACUUUCUCAGAGUGGCCGAUUAUAGGUUAUCUCAAAGCUGGACCAGAGACGAAUCCGUAGCGAAUAUCAAAGCUUUUGCUUUCGUUUCAGCGAAAGAUUCUUCUAGUGCGAGGCUUUUCGCUGAAAUUUCACAGGAGGAAUCCUUGAACUUCAUAGAGGCUUAUGCUUAUCGCGUGCGGCAAAACGUACAGCGUUUGACUAGCUAUUUGGCUGGAAAGAAUUUUUCUGUGGGCAGCAUCGUCAAAGAGCUUCUACUAGGUGAAGACGACGAGGUCACUUCCCUUCAAAAAGAUAUCAGUUUUGGGUUCAUGAAGUACUUGAUUGUGGCAACUGACAAGGGAAAGAUAUUAAAUCUUGACGCGCGCUCAGGAAAAAAGAUUUGGUCCAUCGAUACCCACCUGGAGGACAUUUUGAAGUUAGAAGCAACCAGCUUUGAUACUGAACUGCUUGUAAUAACAAAAAGCGGCACCUCUUUGACUUUUGAAAUCAGCAUAAUUGAAAAGGAGCCAUUCUUGUUGAGUAAAUCAAAAUUACCAGCAAAUAGUUUCGUUGAGCCUUUUGCAGAUGGCGAUUUCGUCUACUUGGAGCUCGAAGAUCACUCAAAAAUGGUUUUGAACCGCUCACGUAAGGCAAGCGAAGACUCCUUUCUCCUCUAUCAUGACGAAACUCAGCUCAGCUCACACCUCUACAAAAACGAGGCCUUGGAGGAAACGUGGAGAAUUUACUUAGACGGAGAAGAAAAGAUUUUGGCUUUCUGUGAAAGAGACCAAAGUCCUGUGGUAAGCUUAGGCAGCAUCUUGGGAAACAGAACGGUACUUUACAAGUAUCUAUAUCCGUACCUAGCAGCCUACAUUACCGGUGACUCAACUACAAACAUUAUGACGGUACGAAUUAUUGACAUUGCGACUGGAGAGUUAGUUCAUUCCGUCUCCCAUAAUGAUACGGUUGAUUUGACAUCGUCGAUCAACUUAGUAGUUGGCGAAAAUUGGGUCGUCUAUACCUAUUUCAGCAACGAUCCUCUUCCGGAACAAAAAAUUGGUGUCAUCGAGCUUUAUGAAUCGCUAACGCCGAACGUAAGAUUGAGCAGCGGUUCAUCAGCAGCUGAUCCUUUGUCUAAUGUCCUGAGACCUGAGGUUGUCCAGAAAGCCUACAUGUACCCAGAGACUAUCAAAAACUUGGCGCUCACGAAGACUAAGUUUGGUAUUACAAUACGAUCCGUGGUACUUGAGCUUGAAAAUGGACAAAUAACUUCUCUCCCAAAAUUCAUUUUGAACGCCAGGAGAAUUGAAGAAUCAUUGAUGUCCGCAGAUGACAAAAAAGAAUUUUUGAACUCCCCCUACGUCAGCGCCAUUCCUGUCAGUGAUUUCACGAUUUUAACGCACCAUAGACGAGUACUCUCUGGACCAAACUCUCACCUCAUCUCCGUUCCAACGAAUUUGGAGUCGACCAGUAUUGUUUGCAGUCUUGGCCAUGAUCUCUUUUGCACUAAAGUGACGCCAUCGUCUCAAUUUGAUAAACUGAAGCCCAGCUUUCAGAAGGGUCAACUGAUUUCAACUGUGGUUGGACUAUUUGUGUUAUGCUUCUUCAUAAGGCCUAUGGUUGACACCAAGAAGCUGAAGACAAAGUGGCUUGUGAAAAGCUAA